AUGGAUCCUAUCCUUACGUGGUAUCAUUUUUACUGUACUGGAACUUUGAUAUCGAAUAAAUUCGUAUUGACGACGGCACAUUGUUUAGCGCCACCGAAAUUUAUGGUUGUUGGAAUGGAAUCCGUUGAAUUGUCGCAGCAAAAACAUUACGAAACGGAUAAAAAUUUUCCAUAUCCAAAAUUUGAUUAUUCUGUCAUUAAUGAAGAUGACAUAGCACUCAUACGUUUAAAAAAACCUGUUGAAUUUAUAAAACCCGAACGCUAUCCAUAUUUUUCUUACGAUAAAAAUGACGAGAAUGACUUAAACGUUACGGUUUUGGGAUGGGGACAAACGGGUAAAGAAUCCCCGAUUUCAUCCACGUUGUUAAAACUGGAUAAAAAAACGAUGAACGAUGGGGAUUGUGAAAAAUUUUUACCGGAACAAAUAAAUGUCGGUCCUGGACAAAUUUGCACACCGACAUCUACCGAUUCUGGAAUGUGUUACUUGGAUUCUGGAAGUCCUUUGCUCUUGGAAGGAAACGAUAAAAAUUACGUCAUCGGUAUUUCAUCCUGGAGUCCGAAACCCUGCGGAUUUGGCGUUCCAGAUGUUUUUACAAAAGUUUCCUAUUAUUCCGAUUGGAUCGAAGAAACAAUUAAAAACAAUUAA